CUCUCUUACACAAAUCCCAAACACCCGUGCUGUGUCUUCUACUUCUCAAUCCCUUAAUAAAUACCUCUAUAUAUCCUCCCCAUUCCCUUCAAUUUCAACACAACACACCUCCAUCAGCUUUUACAUUUUCACUCAAUUAUCGAUCUCUUUCUCUCAACUUUCUUAAUUUGCUCCAAAAAUGGCCAUUAGAAAGUCACACAAGUUGACACAAUCAGCAGUGUUGAAGCAAAUUCUGAAGAGGUGUUCAAGCUUAGGGAAAAAACAUGGAUACGAUGAUGAAGAUGGGCUUCCAGUUGACGUACCAAAAGGUCACUUUGCUGUUUAUGUUGGUGAAAACAGAAGUAGAUACAUUGUUCCAAUCUCAUUCUUGACUCUUCCUCAGUUUCAAUGCUUACUUCGACAAGCUGAAGAAAAGUUCGGCUUUGAUCACGAUAUGGGCCUCACUAUUCCUUGUGAAGAAGUCGUUUUUCGCUCUUUAACAGCGAUGCUUAGUUGAAACAAAACAACAAAAAAGUGUUAAGGGUUUUCUUGGAGAAGAUGACCUGUAAGAUGAAGCUAGCUCAUUAACAACUCUAAUUUUGCUAGCUUUAUCUUUUUUUUAACGUCUUCUCUAUUGUGAUUCAUGAUGAUCUCCAUGGGUUUUUUUUUUUUUGUUUCUUUAAUUUAUUUUAUUUUAUUUUUUGAAUUUUGGUCUCCAUUCAUUUGUGUUUUCAAUUAUGUUUACAAACUCUAACUUCAAUAUACCCAACAUAUAUAUAUAUAUCGUGGAUUAGAUUUGUAAAAAAGGACUCUAAGGAUUGGGCAAUGUGAUGCAUUUGAUUAUGUAGAU